GUAAAAUCCAACAUGGCGACGGAAUAGACUAGCAGUAUUAUGGGUUCUAAGAACCUGCUACGCCCAUAAUCAACCGCGAAUUAUGUCUGGAGCUGGCGGCCCUGCCCCUGAUGACGACUCAGACAGGCGGGAGAGCCGCGCAAGCCGCCGGUUCCAGAUUCUGGAAGCCCAAGGACUCAUUGUAGGCAGGACAUUGGGAAAUGGCUCGUACGCUUGUGUGAAAUCCGCCUAUGACGUAAACAAGAAGUGUAAGGUCGCCAUUAAAAUCAUAUCCAAACGAAAAGCACCCGAAGACUACCUUCUGAAGUUUCUUCCGCGGGAAAUUGAAGUCGUCCGGAUAUUACGUCAUCCGAAUCUGAUCAAGUUUCAUCAAGUGAUUGAAACAACUACGCGAUUUUUCCUGGUUAUGGAAAUCUCGGAAAAUGGCGAUCUUCUUGAACACAUCCAGAAUAGGAGAGUGAUUGAUGAAAAACUGGCAGGGAGGUGGAUGAGGAACCUCCUGGACGGGAUAUGUUACAUGCACAGCAAGGGGAUUGUCCACAGGGAUCUCAAGUGUGAGAAUUUGUUGGUCGAUAACAGCUUGGUGCUCAAAGUUACAGAUUUUGGAUUCGCCAAAAAGUUGUUCAAGGUCAAAGGGAAUGAAGUUUCUCUGUGUGAGACGUAUUGUGGCAGCUAUGCUUAUGCACCUCCUGAGAUCCUCAAAGGUCUCCCAUACAAUGCUUAUUGUGCGGAGGUCUGGAGUAUUGGGGUCGUCCUUUUCACAAUGGUAUAUGGUAGAUUGCCAUUCGAUGACUCUGACCACAGGAAACUGCUGAAACAGGUACAGGCGAAGGUCAUGUUCCCCUCCAAGCCAGAUGUGUCCGAGAACUGUAGGAUACUCAUCCUGAAGAUGCUGACCAAGCCCAUCGACCGGAUACCUGUGACUAAUAUCAGGUUUGAUACAUGGUACAAAACCCAGUGUGUACUCCCGGAUGAACCCAAGACAAGCCCCACCAAGGAUACCCAGUUUCUGCCCUCUGCCCCAGAGCUGCCAGAUCAAGAGUCAAGUGGCUCCACUGGAGCAAAUAAUGAGGUCCAGGACAAACCAAGGUCCAAGAGCCCCAUGGUGACCAUGCUACAGGAGGAAGAUGAUACAGUAGCCAAGGUCAAAGCAUUGGGUCAUAUUCUGUCCCAAGAGGAAAAGUUCAGGGAUCCAUUUCCUUGCCGGACAGUCAGUGAUGAGAGUGUUACUUAAUUCCUGUGAAUCAAUCAGGGGGAAAAGUGGGAUGGGUUUGCUUAUGUGGAAAUGGUUGGAAUUAUUUUGGGGGGUUUGGGUCUGGACUGAGCAAUUAGCAUGGGCAAGAAAUGAAGAGAAACCUUGGUCAUACGAGCAGCCUCAUAUAUGUGCAUCCAAAGCCUGCCAAGUUCCUUUCUUUGUUGAGGAUGUAGUUAGAAGUUCACCUUGAUCAGACUAUUUCAAUAGGUAACAUAUUCAGUGUUCAAAAUGGGUCCUCGUCAUGACCCCAAUAUUGGCACUAUUACAGCAACAUCGCGGCAGGGGACACCAAGAAUUCGCUUCACACAGUGUACCCAUGAGGGGAAUCAGCAUGAUGAGUGAACGCUUUAACCACAAGGCUACUCCAUUGCCCCUGUUAAGUGUUAAGGAUUUAGGGGGCUCUUAAUCUACAGAAGCAAGCCUUGAAGACCCCAGAACUCCCCUUAAUUUCAAUUAGCGUGAAUUAAGCAGUGUACAAUAUAGAGUUUGCGACUUAAGCCAAGCCUGAAUCUAGUAAAAUUCUGGUCGGGCUAGUUAGCUCAUCUAAUAAUAGUCCAUGUCAUAUCACUAAAUUCAACAGAAAAUAAUGCUGAGAGCUGUGUUGGGGCUCAUAGUCCCAAAAGUUUUUGGCACAGAGUGCAUGUAUAUUUCUGAUAAAAUCAUAAUUUUCCAGCGUCAAAAUCACAAAAUGUUCAAUUACUGAGGUAAAAGGAUUUUGUUAAUAAAGCCUGACAUUUAGUGUACUAAAUAUGGGACUCCUGAAAUAUUUGUAGUUUCUUGGCGAUUCCAGUGUAGAAUUGUUUCCCACUGACUAAUGCUUGUUGUCUGAAGACUUCAUGGAAUUUGUCUUGGCAUCUUGUUUAGUUGCAUGGCAUCAUACCCCAAUGGCUUGGGAAGUUGAAUAUAGCAAUCAUUGUUUUGGUCCAGACCACAUUCAUACAUGCUGGAACACUGCAAACUGAUGCGUUAAACAACAAAUAGACCAGACAACAACCAAAUCUUGGGUGAUCUCGAAAUUCUAGUCCACUUUUUCAUUGCAAAGUUGUAUUCAUCAUUGACACCAUACAUAAAUAUUUUUGACAGCACAUUUAGUCCUCUAUGUGUUUUAUGUCCAUCAUACCUAAGCUUAAGAGUGAGUAAGUGAGUGAGUGAGUUGGGUUUAAUGCCACUUUGAACAGUAUUCCAGUUACCGUAUUCGACAGGUGACAGACAAUUUUUCAGAUUUGCUGGUUUUAUUGUGCGUUCAAUGGAACCAACAGUGUUAGCUGAGACUUCAAAAGUUAAUAUGUCCAGGCAUCGACUACUCAAUAACACCCAUCAUACUGUUUAGAAACAAUCUGAUUAAAAUUAGAUAUCUUACUUUGAGAUGAUGUCUCUAUGCUCAAGAUCUAAGGUCGUAUCAGAUGAACCCUGAGCUAGCUUUGACCACCCAAUCCGAAUGAAGAAUAUAUGAUUUUUUCAGUCAAUCAUAGGUCUUCAGCAACUCAUGCUUGCCGUAAAAGGUGACUAAGCUUGUCAUAAGGUGACUUAAAGGAUCGGGUGGUCAGGCUCGCUGACUUGGUUGAUGCAUGUCAUCGAUCCGAAUGGCCUGGAUCGAUGCUCAUGAUGUCAAUCACUGGAUUGUCUGGUCCAGACUUGAUUAUUUAUUGCUGAGUGCGGCGUUAAACAACACUCACUCACUCAGACAAUCACAUAUCAGCUUUCUAGGACGUAUUGGCUUCUUUAUUUACCACCUCAAUUUUAUCCUACUCCCUUUCGGGUGUCAAUGCUGCUCAGAAACAACAGGUAUAACAUAUCCAGACCAAUACACUGGUGAAGCAUCUUAGGGGGGGCAAUUGGAGACCCUGAUACUGAAAAGUAUUCAUACAAUGUGAAAUGAUUUCUGGGAUUAUCCUAUUCAUUUAACAAGUAUCCCAUUAUUAAAAUGCCCCAAGACCUACAUAGAGGAUGGCAGUAUAUGAUAAUUGCUAGUGGCAACAAAGAUGAAGCGCUCAUAAAAUCUUGAGCUUUAGAAGUGGCCCACAGCAGCUGAGAGAGAGAGAGAGAGAGAGAGAGAGACUCCUUUAUUGUGAUUGCAUUCAAUUCAAAAGUUCUGGAUAUUCGUGACUGCACUGAUUGUUAUUCCCUGCUGCUGCCAUAUAUUUCACCCAAUGUGUUGUCUUUUAGGAUCGUAAAGCUAAUGCUGUGCCUGUCAAUAUAACUUGUUAAUCAUU